GCCGGUCACGGUGAGCGUGGCUAGCUAGCUACGUGGCGCAAAUCAACGUGGAAGAAGAAACGAAGGCGAGCUCAGCUCUGCGUCUAAAACGCCUCCUCUCGGCACACUGUAUGAUUAUAUCUACCGCGGAGGUUUACUAGUGAGCCAAUCGGAAUCUCCGACACAACUGAAAGAGGCUCGGCCGCAGGCAAUUCUCCAUCGUCCCCUAGACGUCGUGUGUGUGUGUCAGAGCGGCGGGCGGCCAGGAUGGGUUUGACGGUGUCCAGCUUCUGGCAGAGGCUGUUCGGGAAGAAGAGCAUGAGGAUCCUCAUGGUUGGUCUCGAUGCAGCUGGAAAGACCACGAUACUAUACAAACUUAAACUAGGAGAAAUUGUCACCACUAUCCCUACCAUCGGAUUCAACGUGGAAACAGUAGAAUACAAGAACAUUAGCUUCACUGUGUGGGACGUGGGUGGUCAGGAUAAGAUCAGACCUCUGUGGAGACACUACUUUAUCAACACACAGGGUCUAAUAUUUGUGGUAGACAGCAAUGACAGAGAAAGAGUGCAAGAAGCAAGGGAGGAGCUCAACAAAAUGCUGGAGGAGGAUGAGUUGCGUGAUGCCUUUCUACUGGUGUUUGCCAAUAAACAGGACCUGCCUCAGUCCAUGUCCGUCUCCGAGAUACAAGAGUGCCUCGGACUUCACCAGCUGAGGAACAGAAAGUGGUACAUCCAGUCAGCGUGUGCGACGCAGGGUACGGGGUUGUACGAAGGUCUGGACUGGCUCUCAAACGAACUAGCAAACAUCAAGAGCUAGGACAAAUCACAUGCUGCACCCCAUUUAAUGCCCACUCCACCGAGAGUUUAGGAUUUUUCUCAGACAUAAUGCUUGCGUCUGUGUGGCUUACACUGAACACUCUUCUUGUUUAAUUACAGUAUGCAUUAUUAUAUAUAGCUGUGUGCAAAUGUGCCGUAAGUGUUUUUGACAUCCAUUGAUGAAAGUGGUAUAUGUAUAUUUAAAAAAAUCACAAACAAAAGUGGGUAUAAUAUUUAAAAAACUUGAGAAUCACACACCCAUAGUUGACCAAUAAACUUGAGAAUCACAAACAUAAGUGGGUUUAUACUGACUCAAACAGAUACGGAAUUAGAUGAAAUCUGACAAUUCUCGAGUCAAGAGGGGUGCACGAGGUCGCCGUUGGCUCCUCUGCUGGGCUUGUGGCAGUGAGCCAGACCUUUGCGACACAGCCCGUAGAACAUUGGUGGGUCUAGACCGCCUUGGGUGGCGUUGAAUAGCCAGCCCUUGUGUCCGCUGCAGCCUCUGCACGACAGCAUCGUCCAGGAGUAGCCGGGGAACCAAGAAUGUUCAGUUGAGGGUCCGCCGUGAGAUUUCACGUUCUCGG